AUGUCGACUCCCCGCGUCUUCAUCGCCCGCCACGGCGAGACCGAGUGGUCGCUCAACGGCCGCCACACAGGUUCGACCGAUAUCCCCCUCACCUCCAAUGGCGAGAAGCGGGUUCUGGCGACGGGAAAGGCUUUGGUCGGCAAUGACCGCUUGAUCGUUCCCAGUAAACUGGCGCGCCGCGCCCAGCGCACCCUGGAGCUUCUCAACGUCGUCUACAAAGACCAGCUGCCCUGGGAAGCCCACGGACAAACUUUUUGCGCGGGCGCGCGGUGCGACGCCAAGGUCGAGGUCACCGAGGACAUCCGGGAAUGGGACUAUGGCGAGUACGAGGGCAUCACCACGCCCGAGAUCAGGCAGCGCCGGAAAGAACAGGGGCUGAACCCCGACUGGGACAUUUGGAGGGACGGCUGCCCGGGAGGAGAGAGCCCGGCCGAAAUCACGGAGCGCCUGGACCGGCUGAUCAAGGAGAUCCGGGAGAAGUGGCACUCGCCCGUCAUGGGCGAGCACAAGAAGGGAGACGCCCACGGCGACGUCCUCAUCGUCGCCCACGGCCACAUCCUCCGCGCCUUCGCUCACCGCUGGACGGGGCAGUCCCUCCACGGCGGGCCUACCUUUCUGCUCGAGGCCGGCGGCGUUGGUACCCUGAGCUAUGAACAUCAAAAUAUCAAGGAGCCUGCCAUCCUUCUUGGUGGAGCCUUCAUUGUGGAUAUCGCCGGGGACGAGCCAGACGGUGGAGAAAGAACUAAUGGUUAG